GAAAUGGAAGGAUGCUAUCCUCCCCAAGAUGGUGCUACUGUGGAGGGCUUGUGGUUUGGUCCACUGCUUAACGUUGUGUUCUUUAGCAGUAUAUUCCAUGAAUGUCUCUGAGAAAUGCACGCAGGACACCAAGACUUUUCUCUCAGAGCUAAACAAGGACCUGCCCAGUGAAUAUGCUGCUUUAAUGUAUGAUGCCUUUGGGAAGAUGGGUAGUGAUGUGGUGGGGGGCAACGUGAACAGGCCUGGGUCUCUCCAGGAGUGUCUGUCUGUCCAGGGACCCUCCUUUACUGGACAGUACUGCCAGGUCUUCCUCAAACAAGACCCAAUCCAAUACUUUGUUGGAAUAUGUGUUCCUGAUUCCUGUGUGGAAGAAGAGGUUCAGACACUAGUUGUUUACGAGACCUUCCAGCAGGCCAGGACCUCCCUGAUCCCUCCAGUACCGUCCACCUUACUGGCCCAGUCCACUCAGGGCCUGUUCAUGACCCAGUGUCUGUCUCAUACUGGUGCUCCAGACCUGUCUGCUAUCACCUGCCUGUUUGUGUGUUGUGCGUUGGUGGCCGUCCCCUUGACUGCAACCCUGUUCGUGGCCAUAGUGAGAUGGCAGAGAAACAGAGAGGUCGGCCCUGGAGUGGAGUCUUCUUCUCUGAAAACCAGGGACCCAAACCUCUACGGGACGCUGAUGUCUAACGGCACGUCCAGUGUUAGAGCCAGUAACAACAGCUGCUCUGGACAACUGGACAGUCAGAUGGAGCACUACACAGAGGAGGAAGUAGAGGAGGAGGAAGUGAAGGAGGGGGGCAGUAAGAAGAGUUGUAUGUACUCGUGGCUCCAGGCCUUCUCCUUCCAGGCCUGCAGCCAGGAGGUCCUCUCUACAGCUAGCCCAGGUGGAGGCUACUCCUCCCUGAAUGGAAUCCGCAUCUUUAGCCUUCUAUGGAUAAUCUGUGGACACACUGUCCAGCUCAGCGCCUGGAACAACCUAGAUAAUGAAAAGAGAUGGAAAGGGACAGUGGAGAAAAACCCUCUGCAUGUGUUUGGCUUCAGUGGACCUGUUUAUCUGGCUGUGGAUACCUUUCUGCUCCUAGGAGGUCUUUUGAGUGCAAGAUCCCUGCUGGGGUCCAUUCAGAGAGCGGAGGACAAACUGAGUCCAGGUCUGAUCGCCAACUUCCUCUUCAAGAGGUUUAAAAGAGUCCAGCCACUGCACCUCUUCAUCGUGUGUCUCGCUAUCGGCCUCUUCUCCGUGGUCCAGAGAGGUGCAUUCUGGUUCAUCGCCGAGGAUGAGAUCAUCAACUGUAAAAAGUACUGGUGGUCCAACCUGCUACUGGUCAACAACCUCUUCACCAUCACUGACAUAUGUGCUCCAUGGACCUGGUAUCUGUCCCUGGAUUUCCAGUUCUAUGCAACAACCCCCCUGCUCAUCUACCUCUAUAGGCUGAACAAAGGAGUUCUGGUUGGUGUGGCUUCAGCUCUGCUGUUUCUGUCCAGUCUGACUAGCGCUGUUCUCACUGCCCUACUGCACCUCCCAGUUCACCAGCCUACCACACUAAAAUAUGAAAACUACUUCCAGUAUUACUACAAUAAACCCUACACCAGAUACGGGCCCUACCUGAUCGGGAUCCUGGCAGGGAUAAGCAUGACAACUAAGAAAGGCCACCUUUUAAAACAUCAGUGGCAGGCUGCAGUAGGUUGGUUCUGCUGCCUGUCAGUCAUGGCGAUAUUGGUAGGAUUGGCCUAUGUCCUCCGGGAUGUCCCACCCCAGCCGUCCGCGCCUCACGCCCUCUACCAGGGGAUCCAUCGCUCCCUCUGGGCCCUGGCCGUGGCCUGGAUCAUACUGGCCUGUGAGGAGGGAUAUGGAGGGUUUGUUGAUAACCUCCUGUCACUAAGUCUGUGGGUUCCUCUGUCCAACAUCAGCUUUGCCUGCUACCUGAUCCAUCCUGUUCUUAUUAUACUAUACAACGGCAAACAGGAGACUCCUAUACACUACACAGACAUGAACUUUUUCUAUCUGUUCCUGGGUCACAUGAUUCUGACGGUGGUGAUUGGCUAUGUGCUGACCGUGUUGGUGGAGAAGCCUUACCUCUUCCUCAGGGGCAGUAAGACUUAAGGACACAACCCCCUCGACCCUCCUCCUCUGGGACAUGACCCCUAGACCCUCCUCUGUACGCCAUGACCGCUAGACCCUCCUCCUCUACGACAUGACCUCUAGACCCUCCUCCUCUACGACAUGACCUCUAGACCCUCCUCCCUACGACAUGACCCCUCCUCCCACGACAUAACCACUAGACCCUCCUCUGUACGACAUGACCCUUAGACCCUCCUCCUCUACGACAUGACCCUUAGACCCUCCUCCUCUACGACAUGACCCCUAGACCCUCCUCCUCUACGACAUGACCCCUAGACCCUCCUCCUCUACGACAUGACCUCUAGACCCUCCUCCUCUACGACAUGACCUCUAGACCCUCCUCCUCUACGACAUGACCUCUAGACCCUCCUCCUCUACGACAUGACCCCUAGACCCUCCUCCUCUACGACAUGACCUCUAGACCCUCCUCCUCUACAACAUGACCCCUAGACCCUCCUCCUCUACGACAUGACCUCUAGACCCUCCUCCUCUACGACAUGACCCUUAGACCCUCCUCCUCUACGACAUGACACCUAGACCCGCCUCCUCUACGACAUGACCUCUAGACCCUCCUCCUCUACGACAUGACCCCUAGACCCUCCUCCUCUAUGACAUGACCUCUAGACCCUCCUCCUCUACGACAUGACCCCUAGACCCUCCUCCCUACGACAUGACCCCUCCUCCCACGACAUAACCACUUGACCCUCCUCCCUACGACAUGACCCCUAGACCCUCCUCCCUACGACAUGACCUCUAGACCAUCCUCCUCUACGACAUGACCCCUCCUCCCUACGACAUGACCCCUAGACCCUCCUCCCUACGACAUGACCCCUCCUCCCUACGACAGGACCCCCUAGACCCUCCUCCUCUACAACACUCCUGUAGAUCUGAAAGGAUUGGCUGUGAGCAGUAUGGCCAUAAAUGAAAGGAAUGAUGUAUGGGCUGAUUUAUAUUCAUUGUAAGAUGGAAGAUGUGCGGUGUAAAUGAUUGUAUAAUUUGCCAUGUAUAAAAACUGAAACAUAAAGUCUGAACAGAGUGGUAUGUUAGAAUGUAAAACUUUCUGUGGUUAGAAUGUUUAAUGCUGACUGUAGUAUUGAGGUGCAAUGAUACUUGUGAAGCCAAGCAGUAUAAGAAGAGCUCUUCACUAGAUACAUAAACAGACAAAGGCCAUUUCCUCAAAAGUGAGUUUACAACUUGAUCAACUUUCAAAGCAGAAUUACUUUUCCAUUGUUCCUCAAAUGCUGUGUAUGAUACAUUUUGCUGAAUAAACCAGUCUCUACUUUUA